GAGGAAAGGAAGGCGUUGGUAUCAAUACCAACUGGGGUGACACUGCUACGCUCUCUAAUAUCAAGACCAACGGUAGCCCAUCAAGCACCAAUGUCUGUUGCACGUACAAAGGCGUCGCGAAAGGUAGCGAACCUAGCAAAAUUGGAUG